UUCAUGCGUUAAUUCCUCUUCGGUUCUUGGUGGAUUUCUCAGUCAUGGUUUUUGGUAGUUUUCUGGCAUGAAUCAUUCUGUUUCUAAUAGUAAAACCAUGGAUAAUCAAAUGGAAAAGAUCUAUAUCGCUGUCGGUAACGAUUUAAACGAAGGUUUGGGAACAUUGGAGUGGGCACUUAGAAAAUGGUCUGGACAAACAAUCAGCUUUGUCAUUGUUCAUGUCGACAACACUUGCAGAGAUUUCGUUAACACCCCAUUUGGAAAGCUUCCUGCAAGUUCUGUAAGCGAAGAGAAGCUGGAGAUUAUUAGGAUGUUAGAACAGGAUAAGAUUGACAAAUUGUUGUCCAAGUUCAAGGCUUCCUGCGGCAAGGUGAAAACGGAAGUUCUAAAAAUUAAGAAAUCAGAGGAACCAAUUCACAAGGAAAUUGUUGAAUUCAUCUCAAAUCAUCAGGUGACCAAACUGGUUAUGGGUAUCACAGUCGUCAAAUCGUCAUCGUGGAAAACCAAAACCGCCAUUAGUGCAUCGUUUUACAUUCACAGAAACAAACCCAGUUUUUGUGAGGUUUACAUAAUAUGUGGAGGAAAAUCGGUGUUUCUCAGAGAAGAAAACGUUGAAGGGUACAUGGAAAACGAGAGGGGAACAAUGGUUUCUAAGAUGAAAGAGAAAGGAAGUAUGAUUGGUUGGUUGGGUAAGAUGUUCAUAGAUAACACAGCAAAGCAUGAAACUCAGGGAAGAGUUUAUCCGCGUGGGUUAUCACCUGCGCGAGAAGUGAUCGACACAGAACCUGUUGGUUCACGUGAUUGGUGGGAAGAUUAUGGUGCCCCACAAGUUGAAAGCUAUUUACAGUGGUUGUCAUCUUCGAAAAUGGUUGAGGAACAAGAAGAAGAAGAAGACGAAGAAGAAGAGUACAGUGGCACGCGGUAUGGUCUCACAGAGUUAGCCAAUGUGGAACACAUUAGUCAUGAUCAUAUCACGGAUGCUUCGUGCAGAAUCGAAAUUUUGAAGGCUAAGAUACAAGAAGCUCAAAAGAUCAUAGAGGAGAAAAGAAAAGAAGCUAAGGAAUACGUCGAGCGACAACAAGGAGCUCAACAUAUAAUUAGUUUAUGCAAUCGAAGGGGUGUUGAACUCGAAGCUCGCAUUAAUGUAGAGGUCGACAAGAAUCAAGUUGAACUGAAGAACAAGCUGGAAGCAGCCAGAGAAAACAUCUACGAAGUGUCAAGCGACAUAGAGGAGAGCAAGAACAGGCUUCGUUCCCUACUCGAACUCCAAUCGGAGCUGGCGGCGAAACUCCACUCUUCAUCUUUGGCAAAAUCACAAGUGGAAGCCCAAUUGGAGAAUGCAAUGGCAACAAAGAUAGAGAUAUUACGGGAGAUGGACGAGUUGCGUCGCCAAAGAGAAUUGCUUCGUCGGAGAAUCGAAUUCUGUAAGAAAAGGGAAGCUAUAACUGCGGCCAACAGGAGCUCAUCAUCAUUGUCUGAACCAGAUCAGCUCAAUUACAGUUAUAGGGAAUUUACGGCAGACGAGAUUAGAUUGGUCACCGCUAAUUUCUCAGAGCAUAUGAGGUUGAAAAAGAUAUCUGAUCAGACGAGUUCUUACAGAGGAAGGCUCAACCAUAUGGCAGUUGCCCUCGAACUACACGCUUCGCUCACUUCUUUGUCAGUGGAAGAAUUCCGAGCCAAGAUGGAGCUUCUAAGCCAGAUACAGCACCCACAUCUGCUUAAAAUCAUCGGUGCAUGCCCGGAGCUGAGAUGCAUCAUUUCUCAAUACAUGCGCAAUGGUUGCCUGUACAACUUCCUCUUCUCAACUCAGAGAAACCCUAAUUGUUAUCAGUGGAACAAUAAUAAGUCUCUUUAUUGGCACGCACGCAUUCGAAUCGCAGCUGAGGUAUGUAUGGGCUUAGGCUUUUUACACUCGUUCGAGCCCAGGCCCAUCUUGCAUGGGGAAGUGAACCUCUUCAACGUUCUUCUCGAUCGCAACUUAGUAGCCAUAAUCACCGUAUCCCAAUUAUCUGAAUGCUUAGACGAAUCAGAACUACGAUCAGAAAUAUGUGAUUUUGGUGUUGUGAUGCUGCAACUUUUAACUGGUAGAGAAGGAGAUGAUGAGAUUGUGGAGGAAGUAAUAAUGGCCAUGGAAGGUGAUGCCUUACAUGGAAUUUUGGAUGCGAUGGCUGGAGAUUGGCCGAUGGAUUUGGCGAUGGAAUUUACAAGGAUAGCCUUGAGGUGUGUGGAUAUAAAUGGAAACAUGGAGUUGACGACAACUACAGUGAUGGAAGAAGUUGAAGAGGUAAGGAGAAAGGCAGCAGAGCUUAUGGAGAAGGAAGGAAGUGGCCACAGAGAAGAAGACCAAAACCAAAGUGAUGUGCCUUACAUUUUCCUCUGCCCUAUUUUGCAGGAGGUGAUGAAAAACCCACAUGUGGCAGCGGAUGGGUUUUCAUAUGAGUUAAGAGCCAUAGAAGAAUGGUUAGGGUCAGGGCAUGAGACGUCGCCUAUGACCAACUUAAGGCUUGAACACAAGUUCCUCACCCCUAACCAGACCCUCCGUUCACUUAUACAAGAGUGGCUUAACAAUAGACCCAUUGCUCCUUAAAAUUUUCAUCCUCUGUUUUUUUCUUUUAUUUUUGCCUUAAUCAUGU